AUGCUAAGCGUCGAGGACCGUCGCAGCGUGCGCCUGGUCUGCAAGGCCUGGUCCACGGCAGCGAGGGAGACGCUCACGGAGCUGUGCCCAGACUCAUACGCCCGCCCAUCCCGCAUCACCCGAGCCCGCUACCCAUCACUGGAGUCGGUGGACCUCACCAUGCUGCGUGGCUGGGGCCGGGCUGGCGAGGAGUACUGGCUGGACCUGAAGCACCUGACACUGGGUCACUCCAAUGGGAUGCGGGCCCAGGUCCUGCGUCAGAUCUGCCGCAUGCCCAACCUGCAGAGCCUGCACCUGUCGCGCAAGCAGCUCCUGCCCGGCAGCCACGCGGAGCUGGCCAACCUUCCCCAGAGCCUGCGCGCCCUCUCCCUGACCUGGGUCAAUGGCACCUCCCCCCAGUCGUCUGGCGACCUGACCUCCCUGGAGCUGGGCGCUCUCUGGCACGGCAUGCUCGAGGCGGUGGCCGCCGUGCUCUCCUUGCCUCAGCUGGAGCGCCUGGAGCUGCGGGGCUGCGCGGGGCUGGACGGCGGCGCGCUGCGCGGCCUGGCGGGCAUGCCCGCGUUGCGCGCGCUGAGGCUCUCCUCCUGCGGCCAGCUGGACGCGGCGGCGCUGGCGGCGCUGGGGUCGGCGCCCGCGCUGCGCGACCUGGCGCUGGUCAACUGCCGGCUGGAGGGCAUGGGUGGCCUGGCGCCGCUGCGCGGCCUCCGGCGCCUGGACCUGGGCGGGUCCACCUGCGCCGAGGAGGCCGGGGUGCACGGCGGCGACGCGGGCAAGGAGCUGGCCGCGCUGGCCCGCUUCCCCGCCCUGGCCGCCCUGGGCGUCUCGCUGGAGGGCGGCGAGGCGCUGGUCGCACGCCUGGCGGCGCUGGCGCCGCUGCCCCUCACGGCCCUACGCCUGGCGCACCGCCUGGACCUCAGCCACCUGACUUGCCCGGGGACGGCCAUGGACGCACGGCACGCGCACGACGGCGCGUGCCUGGCCCGCCUGGUCUCCCUGCGCUGCGUCGGCUGCUCCACGGCGCUGCACCGCGCACUGGCGGCGGGCCUGCACACCGCGCCGAGCCUGGAGCAGGCCAGCCUGGCGCACGGCUGGACCAGCGACGCCGAUGUCGCGCCGCUGGCCGCGCUGCCCGCGCUGCGCCGGCUGGCGCUGACGGGGACGGGGCGCGGGGCCUCGCUGAGCGCGGGCGGGCUGCGCGCGCUGGUGGGCGGGUCGCGCUCGCUGGCCCGCCUCGUCGUUGACGCGGGGUGGGACCAGGACGAGGGGCUGAGCGCCGCGCUGGACGCCGCGCCGCGCGUGCUGUGCCAGGUGUGCGAGGGCGAGGUGCUCCUGGACGAGGCGCUGUCCGCCACCAACCUCGGGCGCCUGGAGCCCUUCAACCCCUGCCGCCCUGCCGCGGAGUAG